AUGGCACGACCGUUGGAAAAGAUCUCUGAUAUUAACGAUGAAAAGGAACUUUGGAAAGUUGCUGUUAAAAUACAUCACAAAUGGAGUGUCAUCUCUAACAACAAAGAACAUUUUGAGAUGGUUGUUUAUGAUUCUGAGUGGCUUUGUUCUAAUAGGUUUAUAUUUGGUUGCAUGGAGGUGGUAAAAAGUGGAAGUGAUAUUCAUGUUAUCGUACCUCCCGUUUAUAGGCAGAAUUUUGAUCCGCUGUUUGUUGUUAAUGAUACUUACACUAUUGCAAACUUCCAAGUUCAGCUGAAUGAUCUGCUGUUCAAACCUUCUGCUCACAAGUACCUCCUUAAAUUUACUGGUGGGACAAAAGUUGGGGAUAGAAAUGUCCAUCAGAUUCAGGAAAAGGCUUGCAGGCUCACUCCUUUUCUUGACAUUUUAACUGGGAAAUGGAAUAAAGAUCAACUUUUAGAUGUUAUCGGAGUGGUUGAUGAAAUUGGGUACACACAGGUCCAGGUGGGAAGUAAAAAGCAACAGGUCAACUUUGUCAUUCGCGACUUGGGCAACAACACUAUAACGGUUACGUUAUGGGAGGCGUACGCGGUGCAGUUUAUCAACUACGUUGAACAGCAGGUCGAUACUGCAAUUCCUAUUGUGAUUAUGAUUCAAUAUGCCAAAGUCAAAGAAGCUUUUGGCAAAUAUCCUCUAUCUGUUACCAAUACUUACAAUGUCACCAAAGUGGCUAUUAAUGAAGACACGGAAACAAUCAAACAAUUUGCUAAAAUGUCCUGA